GAUAGGCGACAGCUGGCCCUGGGGUAUUAAGAUUCCUUCUCCAGUUAGCUUCAGGCUCAGCCUGUUACCAGUCACGCAGCUGCUUGGUAAGUAGUUACUUCUUUUCUCGUGGGGGCUGUCUGUUGGUCACUUCGUAGGAGGUCUUAUCGCUUAUUAUUUCGGCUGCUCGCUUAUUUCAGUAUUUCGAGUAGUUAGAAAUCAAGCACUGACACUUCUGCCCAACCAAUAAUUACCAUUUCCGCACAGCAACAACAAGAAUGAUGACGAAUUUGCUUGCCUCAACCUCUACUGUCGGACAGGCGACGUUGCAGCUGGCAUUACGUCUGGCAACUUCAGUUUUGAACUGUGCAAUUGCGUUGUCCUUACUUUUCGCCGUCGUUUCCCGCAUCUUAUGGAACUGGAAUAGGUGUACUGUGCGUAGGACGUGCUUCGAAGUUUUUCAGGACCUACAGCACUUACUCUCACUACGACAGGUUGGCAAGAGGGCACAACUCGUCAAGCAUUUCCACUCUUCAAGAGGCGCAACCUCGCUGCUGCCCUGCUUCUAACCGUUAUUCCGAGUUUGUUGCGGCGGACCAGUCCACAGACAAAGAAUCAACUACGCAGUCUGCUUACCUCCGACGCCGUGCGAAAUUUUUUCCGCGAAUCGCUGUCACACACAAUGUGUUCCGCUCUGGGACCGUCGUUGGUUUUAUGAUGAAAAAGUGAACUACCUUCUAUUUGGAUACUACUAGUAGUCGUGGUACUAGUACCUCCUUCUUCGCAUAUUAUAGUUGUAGUGAGUUUCAGGAAAAGUGAAAAUUUUCCAUGGUGUUGUUGUUCCAAAGAGAGCUGCGCCUACAUCAAGUAUACUUAACACUUUUCUAAUCCUCGCUGCCAGUCGUGAUCCAGCGACUUGCGAUGCUGCUGGGCGUUUGUUCCUCUCCCCCGAAAUUUGCCUCAAACUAGAAACCCUGUCCGGGAGAGCUGUGGGGAACGAAGACUUCCGCCAAAAUUUCGUCAAACUUGCGAAUCAAGUGUUUAUGGCUUCUGAGGAUAUCGAUAUGGUUUUUACAAGGAGAGGACGGAAUACUCGAUCAUCGGAAGAGAAAGACAGAGAUUAGUAGAUGUACAAGAACUAUUUCUCAACAUGAUGUCAUCUUCUAGGAGCCGCUCGCUAUUUACUGGUGUCUUCGCAAGUAUCAAUCUGAAUCUGGAAAGACAAGCUGUAGGUUAUGGCCGCCUUCUAAAAUCCCCCAGGACCCUGAGAUUCGCAAGCACGUUGGGCAAGGGAUCAUACAUACGAUCUUGGAUGAGGAUGUGCGUUAUUUGAUGCGUGAGAUUUUCCUUUGCGCUCUGGAACACCAAAAUCUCCACUCCGCAGUCGUCAAAGCGGUACGGGCAGGGUUUACAGCUGCUGUGCAAGACGAGGAGCUCGCUCUGAUAGGCAAACAAGCCUUGAUUGAGAUCCUCUCGGAUUCGCAGUUUCAUCGUGCGAUAUUAAAGGGUGCUCUUGGUGCGGUGAAAGAAGGCGUCAAAGACGCGAUGUUGGACAGCAAGUUGCAGCAAGCUCUGAAAAGCACUCUGGUAGACGCAUUGCAGGAUGAGGAGUUGCAUAAGUUAAGUAUAAGUUAUAGACUGUUGUAGGUUUCGUUACGUACAGAAACACUGUCAGACCACGUCUCUACGGUCACUAUGAAAGGUGAUAACAGGGACAUUAGCAUGCAUACGCUCAUCUCUCUUGUCAACGUACUAACAGACAGGCAAGGCGACUUCUUCUAGGUAGAACGAAAAAGAAUCAACUCGAUGAAUGAUCCCUCCAUGAAUCCUCUCGUGAUUUUAUCCCCUGUCCAAACCUGCUCUAACGUCAGCCACAAUGCAAGGCGCGUUUGACGCGAUGAUUCCAGAUGUCUUCUCAAAAAUCAGGAUAGGCGAAAUGCGGAUGCGAAGCGAAGGAGAGCGAGCGCCACCUGGGUCACCUGAAGGCGAGUCAGACUCUCCGCCGGGAGGUCGUGCGAAAGGCAGUGGAGGAGGCGCUUCUAUGCUUCUUGGGGGUGGAGGCGGUACGAGUUCUAGUGGAGUCCCAUCCAGUAUCGUUUCUUACUUUAAUUUAUGAAGUAGGAACUAGAACAACUCGGAUUGCGUAUUCACAAUUGGGGAAAAUCCUCUUGCACUUGCUCUAAUGAUUGGGGCCACAGCUGGGAAAACGGAUAGCCUUACGUCAAUAUCAGCUGACGACAGCGCAGAAUCGUCCAAGGAGGCAGCGCCAAGCAGUCCUAAACGGGUUCAGAUUUUAUGGGCUAAAAGGGCACUUAGUUCAUACCAUCGAUCUAGUACAUAUUAUCCCGUUUGGGCAUCGCAACAAAGCAAGUAUAAUACUUGCGAACUGGUCAGGCGACUCAUUUCAACAGCUGACCAACUAGAUCGACAUUGAACAUGAUUCGACAGGAUACGAGAAGCAUUAGCGCGCUAAGCGUACUCGGAUAAGAACUCAGAGAGAAUUGUGUUCCGCAUGCUAUCCAUCUAAGGCCAAGUAAUACCUUUUUCCGAACAGAAUAUGAAUAAAAAUCGAGGCCUUUGGUCUAACACGGACGAUAGAAAUUGUAUGCCGAGACCUCUAAUCCUCGCCGAAGACCUCUCAGAGCCAUCCUCAAGUUCAAAAAACCGUUCAUCCUCUUCCGCAUCGGCAAAGUCUCCUCCUGUAAUAGCGCACGUAGAUCCUGACCUUGACCUCUUGGCUGAGCUAUCCGCCAAUGCAUCCAAAAGAGCUAGUGAGACAUUAGACACAGUGGCCGCACGUUUUCGCAAUAUGUUCGGAGGAACAACUCCUGAGGAUGGCGAUGCUGUAGGAGUACAAGAGGACGAGAAGCAGGACAAGAAGAGUCAAGUAGUAGGUGAAGGGCAAGAAUCAAGAUCAUCAUCGAAGUCACCAAAUCGUCCUAACAAUGGUGAAGAUGGGGGUAGCGAUAGUCAACACGGAGGAAGUCCCGGUUCUGCCACAAAAGCAAAACAGCACUCAUCGCCGAAGAGUGAGUCCUCAAGUAGGCGAGGUAACUCGGGGAGAGAGCAUUCUCGUUCGAGCGGGGGGGUAAAACUCUUUAGCGGGAAUAUAGACGAGGGUAGACGUUCACGGAGGACAUCACGUGAUCAAGCUGGGUUUGAUGCGGGACCUUCUAACAGAGAUGGAUAAGCGUUCUAAUCAGAAAUUGAGCGCUAGAUAGAGUUAAGUAUCAGUAGUACAAUAGAUUCUACCGUUAUAGGCAGGAAACCAAGAAAGCAAAUCGGAGUACAGAUUUACCUCAUCCCUUCGAGUAAUUAUACAUACAAAUUAUCCGUGUACAGAUUUGUGUGAUGUCUCUGAGUCUUCGUUACGGUCGAAUAGAGCGCUUGGCUCGGACUCCGAGAAAAAUUAAAAUUUUGAUCAUGAGGAUUGUGAGUGCCUUAACCUGCAAAGCAACAUGAUAUCCAUGCACGAG